AACAAUUAAAUCAGAAACCUCCUGUUUGUUUUAGAUCAAAGAUGUCUCUAAGUAAUAGAGAUCCUCUUGUGGUAGGGAGAGUUGUAGGAGACGUUCUUGAGUGUUUUACAAGAUCAAUCGAUCUAAAGGUUACUUAUGGCCAACGAGAGGUGACAAAUGGGUUGGAUCUAAGGCCUUCUCAAGUUCUGAACAAGCCAAGAGUUGAGAUUGGUGGAGAAGACCUAAGGAACUUCUACACUUUGGUUAUGGUGGAUCCAGAUGUUCCAAGUCCUAGCAACCCUCACCUCCGAGAAUAUCUUCACUGGUUGGUGACUGAUAUCCCAGCGACAACUGGAACAAACUUUGGAAAUGAGAUUGUGUCUUACGAGAGUCCAAGGCCCAACUCGGGUAUUCAUCGCAUCGUGCUGGUAUUGUUCCGACAGCUCGGUAGGCAGACAGUGUAUGAACCCGGGUGGCGCCAACAAUUCAACACUCGUGAGUUUGCUUCCCUAUACAAUCUCGGCCUUCCCGUGGCUGCGGUUUUCUACAAUUGUCAGAGGGAGAGUGGCUGCGGAGGACGAAGAAGUUAGAUGAGCCUCUUCUUUUAAUAACCAUGAUUGCACACUCAUAAUGAGAUUUAUGCAUCUACAGUCUUAUAAGAAGCCUUUUACUAUACGAGCAAUGAACGGUGAUAAUAAAUAUAGUAGUUUUAUAUGUAUUAAAUAAAUCCGAGGGGGAGUGUUUUUAUUUAUAUGGUAUGUGAUGCAAUAUUUUAUAUCA